AUGGCAUUGUCUAAUAAUAUUAGAGACAAAACUAGAGAAAUCCUCGCUGCUCAGGCACACAUAGCUAACCAUGUAUUCAAUUACAUAAAUUUCGUGUCCCUCAAAUGUACUAUUCAGCUUGAAAUUCCAGAUAUCAUUCACAACCAUGGCAAACCAAUGACCCUUUCCAAUUUAGUGAAUGCCCUCCCUAUCAACAAAGCCAAAGGUCAGGAUUGUAUUUACCGUCUCAUGCGUAUUCUAAUCCAUUCAGGUUUCUUUAUCCAAACCAAAAUUAAUGAAAAUGAAGAAGAGGGUUAUUUACUUACUCCAAAUUCACAUCUCCUCCUUAAAAAUGAGCCUUUGAGUUUAGCUCCAUUUGUGCUAGCGCAAUUAGAUCCAAUUUUAAUGGAUCCGUUUCAGAGUCUAAGCAAAUGGUUACAAAAUAGUGACUCUACUCCGUUUGCAACUGCUCAUGGGAAGCCAUUGUUUGAAUAUGCAGGGGAUGAACCUCGGCUUAAUUAUUUAUUUAAUGAAGCUAUGGCUAGUGAUGCCCGAUUGAUGAUAAGUGUGGUGAUUAAAAAUGGUAGGGGAAUUUUUGAAGGGUUGAAAUCAUUGGCGGAUGUUGGAGGUGGCAUUGGUACUGUGGCUAAAGCAAUAUCUAAUGCAUUUCCUGAAAUAAAGUGCACUGUUUUUGAUUUGCCACAUGUUGUUGAAGGCUUGGAAGGGAGCAACAAGUUGAGUUAUGUGGGAGGAGACAUGUUUAAGUCCGUUCCUUCUGCAGAUGCAAUUUUAUUGAAGGAAAAAUACUACUCUUAACAUACUUUUUUUCUAGAGUUGUAAACAUGCGGGUUGAGUUAAAAUGAGUUGGGUAAGGAUAAGUCAAAUGACUAGUCAUGAUUCAAUCCACCUAACAUGACCCAAUAUCCCCUCCUAUUUUAUUUUUUAUGUUGUGAAAGAAAUUGCGAUAACUAAUGUAAUUAUUAGCUUUAAUUUUUCUAAAUUUAUUUAUUUCUCAAAUUUCAAAACUUGAUUUUGUA